AUGUUGCAAUCAAAACUACCCUUUGUAAAAGAAAAUUCAUUUACUAUUAAGAAAACAAGACCACGUAAAGGUGCUUCCUUUUCAGCGCUUAAAUUUUCAGGUGAAGAACUUGGACGUGAAUUUGGACCACGAUAUCAAACAAUUGAUGUUCGUAUUGGUAAUCAAAGAAUGACAUUAAAUAUUGCUCAAGGAGGUUGGACACUUGAUGAAACAACAAUCGAACCUAAAGAUAUAGCUACAUUAGAAAACCAAAGAUGUGAAUUAGAAAAAGACAAUGAUAUUCUUCGUACUAAACUAGACAUGUUACUUGAAAUGUUAGCUCAAGUUACUGCUGAACAAGAAUUACAAAAAGAACUUGAUCAAUAA